AUGGCUAACCCAAGGAAGUUCAGUGAAAAGAUAGCAUUACAUAAUCAAAAACAAGCAGAGGAAACCGCCGCUUUCGAGGCAAUUAUAAGGGAUGUCUCGGCUGCAACUAGGGGUUCGCCCGGCUAUGCUACCCCAAAUCAACACCUGCAGCCCCAGCAGAAUAUCAUGGGUCAAUACAGGGCAGGGUCACUGCCAAACGUUAACCAGAUGGCCGGUAAUUCGGCUGUAGACCUGCAGACGACACUUCAGCACUUCGAUGAUAUACGAGGCGGGCUAAUACACAACCGUGGAAUUGACAGACUACACAACCGGGACAGGGGGAGACAACUCGGACCACACAGACGUGCUUUCCCUAUGGACAAGCAAAGGACUGACUGUUCCCCAUAUGGUUCAGCAUUCCUCACUCCUCCUCCGGAUACAAGCUGGCGCAGGUUAUUUCGUCAUCUUAACGGUCCUAACCUAUCUCGAACAAACUCUGAUUCUGCCCUCCAUACCAGUGCCAUGGCUCCAAUAAGUGACUUGGGUGAUCACAUGCAUGGUGCCACCACGCCCCCUGUAAACAGACGACUCAUGGAAGUAGCUGGAGAAAAUGCAAUGCAGGGGGGAGCACUUAUGAAAGAAUUUUGGGACCCAAAAAAGUUGGUGGCACAGUCACGUCCUAAGUCUUGCGAGGUGCCAAAUAUCAACAUAUAUCCAUCAACGGAGCAGGAAAACCAAGGGGCUGGCAUUCACGUUCCUAUCACCAACAACACUGGCUCACUGCCUGAUCUGACAGUACUUCACUUUCCACCCCCUCUGGCUACACCCCUAGAUGCAGAGGACCAGUCAUAUCCUGGGGGGCAGCCACCCCCAGGUUCUGCCCCUGCAAAUCUAUCCCCCACUAGUGCUCACAGGCUAGGGGGCAUGGGCCCUCCCAGUACCCAGGCUCAGAGUCCAGUACAGCGACGCAGGCUACAACAUGGUGGCCCAAGUCCCCUCGUACUCAGUGGUUCCCCAACACAGCAGAUGAGGAUGUCUCAUUCUACGCCCGAUAGUGUUCCAAAUCUCGACCCAAGUAAGCUCUCUUUGGACCCUCGGUUAAAACAACAGUAUCUGUUAUACUUACACCAGCAGCAGCAGCAGCGGCAACGAGGAGGGCACACCCGCCCCCCUGCCCCCUCCAACAAUAACCUGCGACAAGUGCCUCAGGUCCAUAUAACUUCCGCAUGUGACCAAAAUAAUUCUCAGGUACAGCCAUCAUUAACACAGUACAGGAAUAAUGUAUCGGAGUCUAAUUGUCAGUCACCCACAUCUCCUUUGUCGCAAACAUCUCACUCUCCGGCACAGUCACCUGGCCUGCCCCCCACCUCCUGGAACAACUCACCAUUUGCAGAGAACUACCAGCAUCAACAACAGCAGCAGCAGACCAAUGCACUACAGCACCAGUUUGAACAAUUCAAUAUGUCACAAGACAACCACUUCAUAUCAUCGUCAUCUGAUUCCUCAUUGUUGACCAACGGAGCAACGAGCAGUGCUAUCUACACUUCUCCUCAGAACACUUCAAUAAACUUUUCACAGGCUAUGACCCAUGGCUUGACUGGCAGCAAUCAGGAUCUUCAUCAACAGUACUUUCCACACCAAUUGGACUCAGAACGAAUUUCUCAAAAAAGUGUAGUUAAUCCAGUAAAUCCUGCUGUGCAAUACCAGAAUCUUCAGCAGCAGCAGACUGCACAGCAACAACAAAAUAUUUUACAACAGCAACCACAACAGCAGCAGCAGCAACAUGUGUCAUCAAGUGGUAAAAUACCAGAUAUAAUAUUCACAGGUAUCAACUCUUACUUGUUUCCAGGUGUUGACGAUAAUUUGAUGGCGAAACAGGACUUUGCUAAGGAGCUUGGUAAUGCCAUCACUGGUAUGCCAGAUGGCUUUGAUACAGAAUUCUUUACUUCAGACGAGGCUCUCAAAGUAGGCCUUGAUCCUUUGGACUUGGAUGGAUUACAGAUGUUGACUGACCCCAGCAUGUUGACGGACCCAGCCACGGAGGAAAGCUUUAAACUUGACAGAUUAUAGGACUCACUCCAGCACUUCUACCUGCACUUAACAUUUGUGUCUAUUCUGUUUUUAACAUCUUACAAAUCUUUAAAAAAAAAAUGUAUUGGUUAUGUCUAUCAACAUAUUUACACUUACCCAGGACUUGUGUAAUACCCCCUUCCCUUGUCCGUCAUGUUUGCGGCCAUGCCUACUUGCUAUAAAGCAACCAAAUGAUAGUAUUAAAUACUUAGCUGGAACUAAGAUUUAGAAUGAUUCACUAAGUGUAUAACAUUCAAAAGAAUUUUGUAGUGACUUUGCUUCUUAAACACAGUAUUUUUGUACUGGUGACAUCAUGUAACUGUUCCCCUUGCAUUCAUUGGCAUUCCUUAAUUGAUUACUUAAUAUAAAGAACAUGUGUCAUUGAGAGAGAGGAAAAUAUUGAGUUCGCUCACAAGAAUGUGAUAUGUAGAAAUUAUAUUUUCGAGAAGUCUGCUAUAGCUGUUGUAGAGCCUAUUUUACACACAUUUCUGUUGGUUUACACAAAGAUAUACAUAUUGUUUUAUUCCUAUGCCAGAAUUUUGCUAUUUAUUUGAUAUUCCCCUUCUACAUUUAACUGGUAUUAAAACUAGUGUUGUUCCUGCCAUACAAAAAGAUGUUUGACAUAAAUAAGGAGAAGUCUAUCAGAAUUUGUAGUACCGUUACUGUCUCAGUGAUUUCUGUGUGUGCUGUUUAAACAUACCUGUAGAAAAAAGAACUAUCCCCGACACUUGCAGAGCAGUUAACUUUUUGUGUUUACAGUAUGCUGACACAUUCAAUACUGGUUACUGCAUAUAGGAAAAAAUUUGCCAGUGAUUAUUUCAACCUUCACAUUAGAAUUUUUUCCCAUAGUUAAAUUUACUAAAAAAUACAUAAUAAAAAGUUUAUUUCAAUUUUGUUUGUCCUAAUUGCAAAUUAGCAAAAGGGACAAAAAUCAAACUAAGGCGAAGUAAGUUUUGCUGUGCACAGUUACUCCUAUUUUCCCUUUGAUGUCAAAGUUUCAAUGUCCUGACACAAGUCUGUAGCAUGCAUAAAAAGGAACUCACAGAUCCUACAAAAGUAAUUUAAAGAGAGUUUAAAGUUUUCUGCUGCAAUGUGUUUCACAGGGAGUCAGAGUUUUGUUUUCAAUAUCAAUGUAAAUUUCUGUAAAAUUGACAAUAAUCUCUGUUGAAGGAAAUUGUUUAAUAAAUUUGAUUUAGGCUCAAGAAACCCAGGGGGAAAAACUGGUUUAAAUACCCUGAAAGACGAUAGGAUCAUUAUUGAAAUGUUGGAAUAAGCAAAAGACUUUUUGCAAGACUUCAAGGUGUUCAUGAGAUGCAUAGAUGAUAGAUAUAUUGAGAGCAAAGCUCGUAGAUUAACUGGAAGAUAUAAAAUGCUUAAAGGUUUGCUUUCUAGAACAAAAUAGCAUUAUCUGUCAUCAUAGUGAUGAGUUCAGGUCAUCAAAUGGGUAAUCAAAAGUCAAUGAUAGAUGCGGGGACUAUUGUUAUUAAAAAAGUGCUUGUUAUUUAUUUUUCAUCACAGAAAAUGUUUGUUUACUGUUACUGAGAGAAUUUAUAUAUAAUCACACUGCUCUGUCCACUGCUCCACAUUAAAGUGUUAUAGAUUUACUUUUGAGAUCUAAUCAAAAUAUACUUAUAGAUCACUUAUGAAAAAUUGUCAAUUAUUAAUAUAUUGUCAAUUAUUAUAUAAUUAAAUUUAAUAAUAGUAGGUACCCAAGAAUCGUAUUGAAACAUUUGAUCCCCUGUACUUUAAUUAGAUGCAAUUUUUAAGGUUCAAUUGUUUAUUGAUGUAAUCACAGGUCCUUUUGGUUUUUAAACAGAAUUUUCAGUUGAUUCAAACUUUUAAAUAAGGAUAUUUCAGUGUUGGCAUAAUUUGACCUUUUUUAUUUAGUCAUGGACAUCUUGGUUUUCAAUCAUACUUAUGUCAAUUUUUAGUUGAAAAAACAAUCUGUACAGCAUAUUCAUUGGUUUCACUCUGAUUCGUUAGAAGUUGUGUUUAAUUUCAUUACUUUCAAAUUAGACACUAUAUAAACCAAAACAUAAUGAACUUUGAAAUAUACCAAUUUACAGUACAUACCCUUCAAGGCAUGAGAUGUAUUUUUUUUCUUCUAAUGAGUAAGGUAAACAAGCGUGUAUAUUUUAUUACCUGUAUAAUUCCCCAUGAAAAAUAUUUUAAAUGUUUUAUUGGUUAUCUGCAAGCAAACCAAUGUUUGAAGUUAAAAGUUGAGCAUUGGUUUUGUGGUGCAAUAGUAACUCUACAAUGAUGAAGCCAUAGUCUACUGCUACUCAACUGGAACUUUAGUUUGGCAGCAAAUUUACAGUUGAUAUUUUGAAGAUUUAUAUGAAGAUUUUAAAUUUAUAUUGUCUGUGAUUUUAAAUGUUUAGUAUACUGUAGAUCAUUUACAUUUCGCCAAUAUUCAAACUUUUCCGAUCACACGUUUGGUCAAUGACCUUAUCUCUAUCUGUGAUUGUAAAUCAAUUUUGGUGCAUUUCCUGCAUUAUAAAGGACUUUUGUGUUCAAGCGAUACUGAUUUGGUAAUGAAUACUUCCAGAAAUGUUAAAAUCAAUACCUAGUGAUAUAUAAAUUAUCUACAGUAACUUUGAUGUGUCCUCCUUUAGGUUUGACAAUCAGUAGAAUAAACCUAAUGUCCUCAAACAGCAUGAACUGGAGUUUUGUGGAGACUCCAGUGAGGGAAAACAUGCCUUUUCAUCUGCAUUGCUUGCUAGGUGAAAGGGUUGUGUUUUACCUAAUAAAAAUGAUCCUAUUCAAAAGGAUGCAAACUCCAUGUUUACUACUCAGUACGAUAGUGAGGCCAUAAUCCCUAAGAGGAGACUAUGGUGAUACAAUGUGUGAAGAGCUAUUGUUACUCAUUUCAAACCUUAAAAUAUCUAUCUUUAUUAUUUGUUGCAGAAUUUAUUUAUAUGUAUAGUUUGCUAUUAUUGGGUGGAAAGAGAGAAACGUUUGUUGGUGUCAUCAUUAAAUGCUGUGAUGCAGCUAUGUUCAUAUUUUAAACCACUUCUUAUCAAUGUUUUUUGCCUGUGUAGUCAAUACAUCAUCUACAAAUGACCGUAAGUGGCAUUUUGACAAAUUCAAUGGUCUAGUCAUAAAAUAACCCUGUACUGUUUAUAAAAACUUUCAAAAAACUUUAUAAAAAGAGAGUUGAGCGUAUGUAUCGGUGUAUGAAUAGAGAGUGAGAGAGAAUGUCGUUGAUUGACAAGUUGUAACUAGGGGGUACUUAUAAGAAGUGACAUUUAGUACUCGUACGUACAGAAGUACCCGGUCUUCAAUAUCAUUGAUUUUUUGCAUUCAUAAAAAUAUUGUUCAUAUAUGUCAAAUUGUGUGCUUGAUUUUGAUAUGUCUUCAUUUCUGAUAAUCCAUCAAUGUCUCCUCAUUACUGGCAUGUCAUCAGUAUUCUGUAUGGUUUCAUCCCAUUACCUAUCUCAAUCCUGAGUAGUCAGUUUAGUCAGCUGGACAGAAAUGAACACAGCCACCAGUUUGUACAUGCCCAAUACUCUGCUCGAGUCCUUGGUGCGUGUAAAUAUCAUAGAGAAAAUUUUUAGAUAUUUCAUUUGCACUUCUAUUAGGAUUAGCUCACAAAAGAAUUUUAAUGCGUUCUCUCAGUAAGUAGAUGUUUAUGUAAAUAGUUGGAGGGAGCACAGGUUGUCCUCCCCAACCAGCAUGUUUCCUGCUGAGUGUUAUUGUUACUUCUUUUAAUAGUAUGCUGAUCAGAGUGGCCUAUACAAAGUAUUUUCAUUUUAUCAGUAUUUCUGUAUAAAUGGAAUGUAGGUCUGUAACCAUUUACUAAUAUACUUGAUUCCAAUUUGCCUUAAUUGUUGAUGAUGAAGAGCCACACUCUAGAGAUUUGUACCAGCAGAUAUAGGUAGAUUACUCCAGCAGGAUGUGGCAUUGUUGUCUCGGUGAUAUAUUAGAAUUUCCCUUUAACAGGAUAUGGGCUUAUUGUCACAGAGAUAUGUGGUUAGCUCCCUUUGACAGGUUGUGGACCUGUUGUCUUAGUGGUAUGUGGGUAGUUCUCUCUGGCAGGAUGUGGGCUUAUUGUCACAGUGAUACAUGGGUAGCUCCUUCUGGUAGGAUGUGGGGGCCUGUUGUCACAUGGUAUGUGGAUAGUUCACUCUGGCAGGAAGUGUGCUUAUUGUCACAGUGAUACAUGGGUAGCUCCUUCUGAUAGGAUGUGGGGGCCUGUUGUCACAUGGUAUGUGGGUAGUUCACUCUGGCAGGAAGUGCACUUAUUGUCACAGUGAUAUAUGGAUAGUUCACUCUGGCAGGUUUUGUGCUCCAUAUCACAGUGAUACAUGGGUAGCUCCCUCUGGUGGAAUGUUGGUAGUUCCCUCUGGAAGGAUGUGGACGUAUUGUCAUGGUGAUAUCUGGGUAGCUCACUGUUAGGAUGUGGGUUUGUUGUCAUGGUCACAGUGAUGCAGGUGUUCAAUCACAGGUGAUGUCUCUGGUGCUAGAAUGGGUUAGCACUUUUUAAUGCUAAAUACUGAAGUGCUUAAGGUAAACCUAUUUGUGGUAAAGGUAUUGCCAAACAGGAGAUUGAACAAUUUCUUUAAUGUAUCAAUCUGGAUUGUGCUUCAUGUUUACACAUUGUAUCUGUACUGCAUCAUUUUUGUUAUAGAUAUUUUUGCAUAAGAGAUUUUAUUCCUACAUAUUGCAGUAUUUUCAAGGAUGAACAAAGUGUGUUUGUAUAAGAUAUGAUCUAGCAGAUUUUAUAUCAUUAUGUUAUUCUUAAUUGUUAAGGAUCAGUAAUUACACUCCAGGUAAUGUGUUGACAUGUUUACAUGGUUAGAGAAUGUCAACCUGUGUAUGCAUGGUAGCUGUAGUAAUUGUGGGUGUUUACUGAUAAACAGCGUAUUUGCCACUGUGUACAUCCUUAAUGUGGUCUUAGCUUGUCAUAUAAGGUAAUGACCCGUUUACUCUCUAACGACAGUACUUUUAUGGAAAACCCUCAAGGUUAAAUGAACACAUGGUACAGGUUUUUACACAAUUCUACCUUUGUAUUGUAAGUUUGUAUGGCUUCCUUUCAGCUGAUGAAAUCAAAUUUCACGCAGUUAUCCUCAAAUUUCAAGGUUAUUAUGACUUUUUAGGGGCAACAAGGUUGCCAUAGUGUUACUCUUUGGCCAAAAGGUUACCACAUUGUAAGCUUGGGAUCACAAUGUUAUGGUGUGACUCUUGAUCGAAGUUGCCAUGGUGUUGCCCUUUUGGUUGUAAAGUUGCCAUGGUGUUGCCCUUUGGUUAAAGAUUACCCUAGUAUUGCUUUUUAUAUGUUGUAGUGUGACCCUUUAGUCAAAAAGUUGCCAUGGUGUUGCCUUUUUAAUCAACACUUCAGUGUCGUGGUGUGACCCAUGAGCUAUGUGUUGCCAUUGGAUCAUAUCGUAUAAUACCUGUGGCUUUAAGUACCAUUGUGUUCCCCUUCUGGUCUGGAUGAAGGUCAUGGGGUUGUCAACCAGGUUUAAUUGAUUAUUAUUGCGUUACUUUCCCUUCAGGGUUAUGAAGGUAACCUCAAUACUACUUGGAUGUUAAUCACCCUUCAGGUUUAUGUGAUCACUAUCUCAGUUCUAGGCUUGAUGCAUAGAUUUGUAAGAUACUAACGGUCCUUAAAUGUUUGUUGUGAGUUUUAUUGAUCAGACCCUUGUUUCACAAAUGUCACUGAGGGUAUCCUAUUUUCUAAACGAAUUAUUGAUAAUAAUUGACCUUUUGUGAAUACAGUAUUACAACUCGGUAAAAUAAAAGCAGUAUGUGUUCAUGUUAGUUUUAAUUAAGUUGAUUAAGGAUUAAUAUAUUCCAUCCUUCAGACAUUAUAUCUAAGUAUAAGUGAGACGGACGUAACAUUCAAUCAUGUUGUAUAAAACAGGUAAAAUAAUUUGGAGAUUAGACGGACAAGUGGUUUUAAUCUAAUGAUGCUUCUGAACAUCGUCUUACGUAUGAUAUGUAAGAGAACUAGAUAUAAAUCAAAUACAUAGAGGCAUAGAAAAAAAACUAACAAUAAUUUUAUUGAAGAUUUUGUUUUCAUCUGAUUCAUAAUGAAAUUUUUAAUCAGGAACCAGUGGUUUUGUUGACAUGAGGUAUUAUCUAUGUAACCACUUUGAUUUCCAGUAUUUGGUUAAUACAGAUCUGAAAUUAUCUUUAUGUAAAGUAUUACAUUUUACCUCUGGAAUUUACAGCUUUCAACACUAUCAAGACAGAUUAUAGGAAAGAUGUCAGAUAUACUUAAAAUUGAGAGAAACAGUAUUUCUUGUUUUAUUUAAAUAGCCUAAUCGUACAUUGGUGCAAGAAUGACUCCCCACAGUUACAUUCCAUUGUGUUAAAACAUGUGUUUCUAAUAAAUCUAGGCUAAGCACAUUUCUUAGAAUUUUGAGAAGGGUGCUAAAUGCUUAUUGUUGUUGUUUGGUCAAGUUUUUACAAUUAGAUCUUAAAGCUGAUGAUGUUAUUCUGUAUAUUACAACAAAAAGUGUGUUGUGUUUUCUGGAUUUCCAUGAAUAUAAAUUGAAUUUUGAAAGGGUUUCAUUUUUCACUGGUGUAUGGGUUCUUUCAACUUAUGUAAGGUGUAGUAAGUUUACAGAAAUGACCUAUGUUGUUAUUUGAAACCCUUUGUCACACAGGUUUGGAUUGUAUUUUUAAGCCUUAAGAUUCCAGUGCUGUAAACUGCCUGAAAUACUGGACAGAUGUGAACUGAAAUCAUGGGGUCACAUGAGAUAUGAAAAUUUAAUCGGUUCACAUGUAUUACCAAAAUUCAUGUGUUAUGAACUAAAUUUAUGUAGUCACAUGUUUCCAAGUUGAAUUUUCGGGUUACAUGUAGAAUCUGAAUUCAUGGGUCACAUGGGUUGUGACAGACUUCUGGGGUCACAUGUUGUAACCAGAAUGCCUUAGUCGCAUAUAUUAUGACCCAAGUUCUUGGGCCUCCUGUGUUGCCACACACACACUGGGGUGGCUGUGUUCUGUUAAUAAUGUGGCUUUAUGUGUACACAAACUGUACACACUUAUCAUCCUGAUGUACUAUAUUGCUUUUUACAGUCUUAGAGGGUUAUAACAUUGACUGUUGUAUGUUUGUUACCAUGACGUUUGUCAUCACAUGUUGUCCAGUAUCAUUACCCUUCAUUCUACUGGAGUAAAUAUACUACAUAUAAAGCAACAGCAAA